GAGUCAUUAUUUCAUAUAUUCUUUAUAUAUAAUUAUUGUGGUCCUAAUCAACAAGAAAAACAAACAAAAAAAACAGCAAUGGAUUGAAUAAUAAUUACGACCAACUCUUUUGCACAAUCAAUGCAAACUAGCUACAACAUCGUCAUCAUCAUCCUCCAUGGCUGCAGAACUCUGUGAUUUGCAGGUCCAUAUUAAUGGUCAACAAACAUUCUAUAUCCACGAGAAAACAAUAACAAGAUUUUCAGUGAAGUUAAGGAAGAUCAUCAAGAAAGAAAAAAGACGAACCCAGAUUCGAAAAACUGGAAUAGAGAUCAAUGAUUUCCCUGGAGGGUCGGAUGGGUUUGAAUUAUUUUCAAGAUUUUGUUACAACAAUGGUGAAAUUGAUAUAUCGGUUUCAAACAUCUCCCUCCUUCAUUGUUGUGCGGUUUCUUUGGCUAUGAAUGACACACUUUUGCCUAGAACCACUGAGCUUUUCUCACGGAUGUCCGACUGGUCAUUUUCGGACAUCCGUGAUUGUCUCAAGAACUGUACAUCGAUCAUUUCUUAUGCUGACUCUUUUGGCAUAACAGAAAAACUCAUAUCCAAUCUCAUAAUCAGAAUCACACAAAACUCGGAUUCCACAACUUCAAUCCCAUAUUCACCAUCUUCAUCUUCUCCUGAUAGUACUACAAAAUCUAGUAAUACUUUAUUAAGACUAUCAUCUUGUUCAUCAACAAAAGGCUUAUGGUGGUUUGAUGACAUGAUAAUUUUACCGCCAAUGAUAAUAGAAAGAUUUGUGAAGGCAUUAGGUGCAUAUGGCAAUGAAAACAAUAGUUUACUUGUCACAAGAUUCCUUCUACAUUACUUAAAAACUUCAUCACAAUCAAAAACACAAUUAGCCUUUUCAAGAAGUGAGUAUGUUAGUCUAGCUGACACAGCUGUUCAUGGUGUGGUCUUAAUGGGCAAAAGUGCAUUUUCUUGUAGAGGACUAUUUUGGGUGUUGAGAAUUGUAUCAAGUUUUGGGCUAAGUAGAGAAUGUAGAAAUGGGCUAGAAAGAUUGAUUGGGGGAAUGCUUGAUCAAGCAAAAGUUGAUGAUUUGUUGGUGAGUAAUAACAACAAUGGAUCAAGUGGUGUGUAUGAUGUAAACCUUGUUUUGAGAUUGAUUAGAGAGAGUAAUAAAGUUGAAGGGGUGUGUUUGGAAAGAAUGAAGAAGGUUGGGGGGUUACUUGAUAAAUAUUUGAGAGAGAUAGCACCAGAUCAGAAUUUGAAGAUAUCAAAAUUUUUAGGUGUUGCUGAAAGUUUACCGGAUUGUGCAAGAGAUUGCUUUGAUGGGGUCUACAAAGCCAUUGAUAUAUAUCUUGAGUCGCACCCAUGUUUAUCAUUGGAAGAAAGAUCAAGGCUAUGUAGGUGCUUAAACUACGAGAAGCUAAGCUUAGAAGCAUGCAAAGACUUGGCCAAAAACCCCCGAAUCCCACCAAGAAUCGCAGUCCAAGCACUUGUGUCACAACACUCGAAUAUACCCCCGGAUGAUCAUAGUUACAACAACGAUAAUCAUGAUCAAGAUAACUAUACCUACAUAAAAGACCAUGAUCGAGAAAUGAAAUUAACCAAAAGCAGUAAAGAACUCAUGGUGCUCUACAACAAAAAUGACGGCCACGAUCAUCUUCAUUUUGACUCCUCGGAUCAUAGCUCAAAAAGCAGCUCACGCCACGAACAUAAUAAGGAAGUUGAUGAUGAUGAUGGUGUGGUGAAACUCAACUUGCAAAAGAUGCAAUGGAGGGUGGUGGAAUUGGAAAAGAUUUGUAGGGAAAUGAAGGGUCAGAUGUCGAAAAUGGUUAAAGGUGACCGAGUCAUCAUGUCUGGUUCGUCACAUGGUAGACCAUUGCCAAGAUUGUGUUGACCUUAUGGAAGAUUAAUUUUGAUUUGUUUAUUUUUCAAACUUUUUUUUUUUUUUUUUUGGGUAUGUUGUCUAAGUGUAUAAGAAUGUGUCAUGAGUGUGAUUUUAUGUAUAUUGAUUGCUUGAUCGAGAAUAUGGGUUUACUACUCCGAUCCAUAUCAAUCAAAUGGUGUGUUCCGGUCCAUUUGAAGUACCUACCUUGUUCAAUUUCAA